GCGUCACGUGAGCGGCCGGAGAGCGCGGAGAGGGGCGAGCGGCGAGCGCCCAGCUCGGCCGCAGGGAGCGCGGGCUGCGGCCAGGAGCGCUGGACGCGCGGCCGCAUACGGAGCCGGGCCGCACGCGCGAGGCCGCGCCAGGCGACGCCGAGUCCAGCCACCACAGGCUCGGCCAAGCCAGCAUGGUGGACCACUUGCUUCCAGUGGACGAGACCUUCUCGUCACCAAAAUGCCCAGUGGGGUACCUGGAUGAUAGGCUGUCCAGCCGGCGGCCAUACCACAUGUUACCCUCUCCUAUCUCUGAGGAUGACAGCGAUGCCUCCAGCCCAUGCUCUUGUGCCAGCCCUGACUCACAAGCCUUCUGUUCCUGCUACAGUGCAGGUCCAGGCCCUGAGGCCCAGGACAGCAUCUUGGAUUUCCUCCUGUCCCAGGCCACACUGGGCAGUGGUGGUGGCAGUGGAGGUGUCGGAGAUAGCAGUGGUCCUGUGACCUGGGGAUCAUGGAGGAGAGCCUCUGUACCUGUGAAGGGGGAACAUUUCUGCUUCCCCGAAUUCCUGUCAGGAGACCCUGAUGAUGUCUCCAGGCCCUUCCAGCCCACCCUGGAAGAGAUUGAAGAAUUCUUGGAAGAAAACAUGGAAGCUGAGGUCAAGGAGGCUCCAGAGAGCAGCGGCAGGGACCUGGAGACCUGUGGCCAGCUCUCAGCUGGUGCACAUCGGAGCCACCUCCAUCCAGAGUCUGAUGGGCGAGAGCGCUGUACCCCACCACCAGGUGGCACCAGUGGGGGUGGUGCCCAGAGUGCUGGUGAGGGACCAGCACGUGAUGGCCCCAUGCCGGUGCUGCUGCAGAUCCAGCCUGUUGCUGUGAAGCAGGAGGCAGGUGCAGGGCCAGCCUCCCCAGGGCAGGCCCCAGAGAGCGUCAAGGUCACCCAGCUCCUGGUCAACAUCCAGGGGCAGACCUUUGCACUCCUGCCUCAAGUGGUACCAUCCUCCAACUUGAACCUGCCCUCCAAGUUUGUCCGCAUUGCACCUGUGCCCAUUGCUGCCAAACCUAUGGGUUCAGGAUCCCUAGGGCCCGGCCCUACUGGUCUCCUUGUGGGCCAGAAGUUCCCCAAGAACCCAGCAGCAGAACUUCUCAAAAUGCACAAAUGCACUUUCCCUGGCUGCAGCAAGAUGUACACCAAGAGCAGCCACCUCAAGGCCCACCUGCGCCGGCACACAGGCGAGAAGCCCUUUGCCUGCACCUGGCCGGGCUGCGGCUGGAGGUUUUCCCGCUCAGAUGAGUUGUCACGGCACCGUCGAUCUCACUCGGGUGUGAAGCCGUACCAGUGCCCCGUGUGUGAGAAGAAGUUCGCACGGAGUGACCACCUCUCCAAACACAUCAAGGUGCAUCGCUUCCCACGGAGCAGCCGUGCAGUACGUGCCAUCAACUGAAUGCAGUGGCCGCUCCAUCCUCCCCCAGUCCUGUGCUUUGUUUUUAGAUGCAAUAACUUAUUGCCUCCUUCAGAAGGAUGUGACAAUAUUACCAGCCCCCUUCUGAAUCUUAGGAGGUCUGACCCAGAGCCGCCACGGCUGCCUUUCCAGGGAGGACCUAGAGUCCCCAAGGUCCCUGGGGGCUGGUUCCCCGGUGGCCCAGGUGGCCCAGGCAGGCCUGUGCCCUUGUGCCUUUUUGCCUUCCUGCCAGCUGGAAGGAUUGUUUGGGGGGCCCUUGCCCUUCUCCUAUUGGGCUCCCUACCUGGGCCAAAGCCAACAUUAUUGCUGGGGUAUAAGUGUUUUGGCUGUGUUGAAAUAGUUCCCAGAAGGAGCCAUGCUGGGAAAAAGGAAGUAGGUCAAAAGUGUAGGGCUACACUGUGGCAUAAGGACCGCCAUAUGCAAGAGGCCUUUGAGGGUCCAGGAGGGUGGCUACCCUUGCUCUCGGCAAUAAUGCAUGUGCUUAAAUACAGGACAAAUGGAGCCAUAUCCAUCUGUACCCAGCCUGGCUCCCCCUCCUCCAGACAUCAGCCUGCAGGUGUGGUGGGAAGAGACAGCAGCAGGCUUGGUGGAUGCAAAGCAACUAGCUAGCGCCUCCCAGUCUGACUUAGAUUUGCAUUCCUCAUCAGGUCUAGAAAUUAAUACCAAUUGGACUAGCUUGUUUUGACAGGUCUAUUUCACAUCCUAUGAAUGUAUGUAAAUAAACUGUACAUAAGUAUGCAUCUACAUAAAAUAUCUUUUAAUAACACAUUGACAUUUGUGUAAAUUUGAAAUUAAAAAAAUUCUAUAAAGUCGGUGUACAUAUGUUACAAUUAUGUAUAUUUUCUUUGGUCCUUCAUAAAAAAUAUAUUUACUUUGCCAAUAAAAAGAGAAAAAAAGAACUCAA